AUGUCCCCCUCGAUCGUGGCUCAAAUGCUCCGCUCCGGCCUGUACACCGCCAUCAUCGGCCGUAGCGUGCGCUUCUACCAGUCCACCGGGUCCACCAUGGACGAUGCUGCCGAAUGGGCCUGCGCCGGUGCCGAAGAGGGCGCUGUUGUCGUCGCCGAAACCCAGACCGCCAGCCGCGGUCGCCUGGGCCGACGGUGGAUUUCCGAUGAAGGCAACCUGUACUUCUCCGUUCUGUUCCGCCCGGAAAUCGAUGCGUUGCCGUUGCUCAGCCCGUUGGCCGGUGUGGCCGUCGUCCGUUCGAUUCGUCAGGUGGCGGGACUGUAUCCCAGCAUCAAAUGGCCGAAUGACAUAACCAUCGGCGGUUUGAAAGUCGCCGGUAUCCUCGCCGAAAGCGCCAUGUCCGGCUCCCUGAUACAGCAAGCGGUCGUUGGCAUUGGAGUCAACGUGGCCUUGGACGUUUCAACAGACGCUGAAAUCGCUGCCACCGCCACCAGCCUGAACGAACUCGCGGAACCCCAAGUUGACCGAUCCGAAUUGCUUCGCCGCAUCCUCCAGCACAUGGACGCCCUGUACCUGGACGUCCGCCGCGGACGUUCGCCCAUCCCGGAAUGGCGCCGUUGGCUGGAUACGUUGGGCCAACGCGUGACCGUGACUCACCACGGUACUUCCAAUGUCGGUCUCGCCGAGGAUAUCGACGAUCUCGGCAAUCUGAUGCUCCGUACCGACGAGGGAGAGUUGUUGACCCUUACCGCCGGAGACAUUACCCUCCGUGCAGCUCAAGGAGAGCACGUCCCCAAUGCUUGA